CAUGGACUAUGACUUCAAGGUGAAGCUGACGGGCGAGCGCGAGCGCGUCGAGGACCUCUUCGAGUACGAGGGCUGCAAGGUGGGCAGGGGCACCUACGGGCACGUCUACAAGGCCAAGCGCAAGGACGGGAAAGAUGAUAAAGAUUAUGCUUUAAAGCAAAUAGAAGGUACUGGAAUUUCUAUGUCUGCAUGCAGAGAAAUAGCAUUGCUGCGGGAGCUGAAGCACCCGAAUGUGAUUUCCCUGCAGAAAGUGUUUCUGUCUCAUGCGGACAGGAAAGUGUGGCUGCUCUUCGACUACGCGGAGCACGAUCUCUGGCAUAUAAUCAAAUUCCACAGGGCUUCUAAAGCAAACAAGAAACCAGUUCAGUUACCUCGGGGAAUGGUGAAGUCCCUGUUAUAUCAGAUCCUAGAUGGCAUUCACUACCUGCAUGCUAACUGGGUGUUACACAGGGAUUUGAAACCUGCUAAUAUUUUAGUUAUGGGUGAAGGUCCUGAGCGAGGAAGAGUAAAAAUUGCUGACAUGGGCUUUGCCCGAUUAUUUAAUUCACCUCUGAAGCCUUUAGCAGACUUGGAUCCAGUAGUUGUAACGUUCUGGUAUCGAGCUCCAGAGUUGCUUCUUGGAGCAAGGCAUUAUACCAAAGCUAUUGAUAUUUGGGCCAUAGGGUGUAUAUUUGCAGAGCUGCUAACAUCAGAGCCGAUAUUCCACUGUCGACAAGAAGAUAUCAAAACUAGCAAUCCUUAUCACCACGACCAGCUGGACAGAAUAUUCAACGUAAUGGGAUUUCCUGCAGAUAAAGACUGGGAAGACAUAAAAAAGAUGCCUGAACAUUCAACUUUAAUGAAAGAUUUCCGGAGAAACACGUAUACCAACUGCAGCCUUAUCAAAUAUAUGGAAAAACAUAAAGUGAAGCCAGAUAGUAAGGCAUUCCACUUGCUUCAGAAAUUGCUCACAAUGGAUCCAAUAAAGAGAAUUACCUCAGAACAGGCUAUGCAGGAUCCCUAUUUCCUAGAAGAUCCGCUUCCCACUUCCGAUGUUUUUGCAGGUUGUCAAAUCCCUUACCCAAAACGAGAAUUUUUAACAGAAGAAGAACCAGAUGAUAAAGGAGACAAAAAGAACCAGCAGCAGCAGCAGGGCAAUAACCACACUAAUGGAACUGGUCAUCCAGGGAACCAAGACAACAGUCACACACAGGGACCCCCACUGAAAAAAGUGAGAGUUGUUCCUCCUACCACUACCUCAGGUGGACUUAUCAUGACCUCAGACUAUCAGCGUUCCAACCCGCACGCUGCCUACCCCAGCGCCGGGCCGAGCACCUCGCAGCCGCAGAGCAGCCUGGGCUACUCAACUACCUCGCAGCCGCCGCCGCCGCCGCCGCAGUACUCGCACCAGGCGCACCGGUACUGAGCGGCGCCC